AUGUGUUCAAUAUCUUUAUUUCACUUGCUAUUGGGCGACAACAAUCUUUCUGGGAAACUCUCUCAAAGCUUACAAAACUGCACAGAGCUGGACUCCCUUGAUCUUGGAAAUAACAGGUUUUCGGGUGAGAUACCCAAAUGGAUUGGAGAAAAAAUGUCAUCAUUGAGGCAACUUCGUUUACGAGGCAACAUGUUGACAGGAGAUAUUCCUGAACAACUGUGUGGGCUUUCUUAUCUCCACAUUUUGGAUCUUGCGCUUAACAAUUUAUCAGGAUCCAUCCCACAAUGCUUAGGCAAUUUGACUGCUUUACGUUCUGUGACCUUAUUGAACAUAGAAUUUGAUGACACAAUAGGGGGGUGUGGCUUUUAUUCAGGGCACAUGGAGCUAUUUGUGAAGGGACAAUAUAUGGAAUUUGAUAGCAUACUGCCAAUUGUGAAUUUGAUUGAUCUUUCUAGCAAUAACAUUUGGGGAGAGAUCCCAGAAGAGAUCACAAAUCUCCUGACCCUGGGUACCUUGAAUUUGUCCCAAAACCAAUUGAUUGGAAAGAUACCUGGGAAGAUCGGAGCCAUGCAAGGGCUAGAAACUCUUGAUCUCUCAUGCAACCGCCUUUCAGGCCCAAUUCCUCCGAGCAUGUCUUCUAUAACCUUAUUGAACCAUUUGAACCUAUCGCAUAACCUCCUAUCAGGACCAAUUCCAAUAACCAACCAGUUCUCGACAUUCAACGAUCCGUCCAUUUAUGAGGUGAACCUGGGACUUUGUGGGCCUCCAUUGUCAACCAAUUGCUCCACUCUAAAUGAUCAAGAUCACAAAGAUGAGGAGGAAGAUGAAAAUGAAUGGGACCUGUCAUGGUUCUUCAUAAGCAUGGGAUUGGGCUUUCCGGUGGGAUUUUGGGCUGUAUGUGGCAGUUUGGUUCUAAAGAAGUCUUGGAGGCAGGCAUAUUUCCGGUUCAUUGAUGAAACCAGAGAUAGGCUAUAUGUCUUCACUGCAGUGAAUGUGGCUCGUCUGAAAAGGAAGAUGGAAGCAAAUGGAGUUCAUGGCUGA